AUGCCUCCCAAAGGCUCCAGCACAGCUCUACAACCGAUGCGCCUGCCUCCCCUCCCGAAACUGCGUGUCCGGAGACCGAACAGGGCGGAUGCGAACCCGUGCUUGAGCAUCAUGAGUUCGGUGCUGACGUGCUGGGCCUCGUCUGGCCACACCGUAGCAGGGUGCCAGGCCCUAGAAACGCAGUUGAGGGCAUGUAUGGAUACACCUCGACCCAAAUCCCAAAAGAAAAACACCAUCAACCACCACCUCUCUCGCAUGUACCCCAAUAUCGUCGGCCCGCGAAAGAGGAAGUAA